AUACGCGCAAGUCUGUCACUGUCAUAGCGUUUCACACAACGAUGGAGUAUUAAAAAAUGGUAGUAAGUGAUUUGUAGUACCGAUUAAUAAUUUUGCGAAACCGCCUCAAAAUUAAUUCACUGUUAACUAUCUUAAUUCUGUAUCUAUUAUGUGAAAUUGUAAAUCACUAUUAGAUUUUAUUAAAUAACGAUACGUGUUACAAUAAAGUUUAAAACAUUGUGAAAAGAUGCUCGAAUGAUAAUAGUAUGUGUUGACGUUAUGAAAAAAAAGAUAUUUGACAAGGCUGUACAUAUUUUAUCCUUAUGGCUAAGGGAAAACUGAGAGGUUCUGAUUCAAACAAUAAGUUAACAACUUCAAAUGCAACUUUCAAAAAUGGGGAGACAUAUACAUCAGAGUUUGAAAUUAAUGAAAUACCACCUAGUGCCCGCACAUUGCUUACAAAGGGUUAUAUACAAGAUGAAAUUAAUUCUUACUCAGGUGCUACUGUUUCAACACGUGGACGUUUUAUGACAGAACAAGAGAAAUUACGUUGUCCUAAUGAAAGGCCUUUGUAUCUUUAUAUACAAGGGCAUGCAAAACAUAAUGUAGAUUCUGCUAUACAAAAAAUUAAUGAAAUUAUUAAAACAGAGCAUCAAAGUUCUUUGAACAGGCCAAGUAGAUUUACUAAUGCACCGCCACCUCUUAUGAGUUUACAUUCCGGAGUUACAUCAGUGGAAAAGAUUUGUGUUGGGAUAGAAAAUGCUCCAGAAGGAUUUGAUUUAAGAGGUAGAAUUAUAGGUGCAGGUGGAGCAAAUCUAUUAUACAUUAGGGGUGAAACAGGUGCAAAUAUAACUUUAAGAGGUAGAGGGUCACAAUUCAUUGAUCCUGUUUUAGGCACUGAAUCUCCAGAACCAUUGCAUUUGUAUAUAGAGCAUCCAAAGCCAGAAGCAUUACAAAAUGCAAAACAAUUAGCAAUUAAUUUAAUUCAAACAAUGCAAUCGGAAUUACAAUCAUAUAUACAACAACAACCACCACCAGUGCAAUCACAGCAAGUUAUAGAACAGUCACAAAUGCCACAAACACAAUUUCAAACCAUGAAUAUUGGUACUUUGGGACAGCCUAAUGUAGUUACUAUACAACAUCAAGGUAGAGUAUAUACAUCAACAGUGGCUAUUAGAAAUUCUGUCUGUAACUGUUACAAACCAUUUUUAACAGAUAUUAUACAACACCCUCAAAGUAAUGUAGUAACGUUGCCAGCAACUAUUCUCACUGCUACAGUAACUGGUGCACCAGGCUCUGGCAUAACAGUUCCUCCACCUGGAGUACACAUUCCACCCCAUUCUGGACCAUUGGUACCACCACCACAAGCACAGGAAAUACAAACAUUUAUGCCUCCUCCACCGGUUGGCCAAGUUCAAUUAAUUGGUCCUCCAUCAACAGUAAGCCAAGUGCAAUAUCAAAUUCAUCCUGGACAACCACUACAAAUUCAAGGGAUUCAACCUGGAUCGCAAUCAUCACCACAACCUGUUGCCCAAAUGUAUGUUAUGAGUCAGCCACCACCACAGAGUCCAGCUCAACAAAAUUUUAUUACAAGUAGUAGUGCGCCAGUUAGUGGUGCGGUUUCUUAUGUUUAUACACAACCAAAUGUACAAAGGCCAUCUACACCGCCACAAGGAAUAAUCGAAGCUGUGAACGUGAAUUUACAACAGCCACCUCCGACAACUCCAAUUAACAUAACUCAACAACCACCUCCACCAUUAUUGCAUCUUCAUUUUCCACCGCCAAACUUUCCUCCGAAUCAACCACCACCUCCAGUACCACAAACUUAUCAAAUACAAUAUCAGCAAGUGCAAGCACCUGCAUCACAAUCUCAAACACAGUUUGUGUUACAACCUGGGGAGCAUAUUGUUCCACCACAGUUGCAGCAAAACCAUGAACAAUCGCAGCCUGUGGCUCAACAUAUGUUACCACCACAGUUUGAAGGUCAUGCUCCUCAAUUUCAUUUACAAGUACCUCCUCCGUCUACGCAAACUUUUUUAGUCCCUAAUGCUCAAUCGCCUCAACAUCCUCAACAACAUCCUCUUCCUCCUGGAAGUGAGGUUCAACAUCAAGAAGGACCAGUGGAUCAAGGACCACAACCACAACCGGUACCACCUCCACAAAUUGUACCACCACCUGCCCAAAUGUCAAAUUCUAUGAACGUUCUUACCAGUAUUCCACCACCAACGCAAGCACCUCCUUCACAAAAUGCUCCGUGGCUAUACCAAGCACAACAACCGCAACAAAUGUUGCAGUCGCAGGGUCAACUACAGGUUCAAAUGCCUCCUGCAAAUAUACCUUUACAUAAUGUACCUCCACCACAAGUUCAAGCUCAGAUACAGUAUCAUGCGCAGCAUAUGCAAUAUCAAAAUGGUCAUAUACCACCUCAAGUACACUAUACGGUUCAACCACCACCUCAACAAUUUGAGCAAAAGCCUGAUUCCCCAGAACAAAAAUCUCAUGGUAUAAAAAGGAGAUUUUCAGAUGUUGAAACAAAUCCGCAGAGAAGGUGAUCGGCAGCAGCAAGUCUUACAUGGUCCAUCACCGACAGCUGCGGGUCUACCUCAGAGAGAUCGAAACAAGCUGCUAAUGCCACCUCCACAUCCAGGAAAUGAGCAAAAUCCAAUAGGAGACUCAAUAAACAUGCAUCCUGGAGGUGGACCACCUUUGCCUCCUUCACUUCCACCACAGGCCCCGUGGCAAACACACCAUGUUAGAGUUCCAUGGGGCAGGCCACCGCCAAUGCCAAGAGAUGGAGAACAUCAAGGAGUGUGUCCUACAUUACCUCCAACAAAUAUGCCACCACCACAAAUUAGACCCAGAGGACACAUUGAAGGUAAUCGUUCGCCUGUACAAAAUGCGAUAUUGGAGCAUCCGUUGAAUGUCGAGUAUAAUCAAAUGCCACCGUAUACAACAAAACCUCCCCCUUACAAUUCACACCCAUUGAUGCAAUCCAUUUGCAAUCCACCGCCACCACCACCGCCGCAUCAUCAGCAGAGACCGCAGCAUCCUCCUCAAAACGUGCAGCAUUAUCAGGUGCCAAUUUCUCAGACAUAUCAACCACCGACUUCCUGUCCACCGUGGAUGAAUUAAAUUAUGAUACAAUACGAAUAACGUAAUUUAUCUUAAAGAUAGCUGAUGCAGUCCGUCCGAUUUCACACCGUUCAAUCAAUAACGAAUUUACACGAAUGUAACUGAGUCUGAAAAGCAUAACGAACGCAAAUGGAUGGUAUUGCAUUAUGUUAUCUUCAUCGAAUUGUUCCUUGUGAUAGUUGAUUAUAAUUUAACUAUUCGUUGUGAAUGUGUCGCUGCAAAGAUGCUGUUGUGUAAAAAAAAAAAAAGAAAGAAAAA